UAUUAAACCGGAAUUCCGGUUUACAUAGUAUCCCAUCGGGGGAUCAUACGUGUCUUGGCCAAUCAAAUCACAGCGACGAUCACUAAACAGAGAAUUAAUGUGAUACUUAACAAAAUAAAACGCUCGUCGUCUUCUUCUUCUGCCACUUUCGUCAUUCGCACAGACAAAUUUUGCAACAGAGACGGGAUCGCGACAAGAUCCCGGUGAUCGAAAAGCCCUAAGGAGUAAUCGUAAAGGGAGAAGGGCUUGAAGAUGCAUUCAUUUGGUUACAGAGCUAAUGCUCUGCUCACGUUCGCCGUCACGGCACUCGCGUUCAUCUGCGCGAUCGCUUCUUUCUCAGACAAAUUCAGCAACCAAAAUCCUUCUGCUGAGAUCCAGAUACUUAACAUCAAUCGGUUUAAGAAGCAAUCCCGUGGAAAUGAUGAGGUCAGCUUGACACUGGACAUAGCUGCAGACUUGCAAUCACUAUUCACUUGGAACACCAAACAGAUUUUCGCUUUCGUAGCAGCGGAGUAUGAAACCCCAAAGAAUUCCCUGAAUCAGGUUUCUUUAUGGGAUGCGAUAAUCCCUGCAAAGGAAAAUGCUAAAUUCCGGAUUCAAGUCUCCAACAAGUACCGUUUCAUCGAUCAGGGACAUAACCUUCGCGGAAAAGAAUUCAACUUGACAUUACACUGGCAUGUCAUGCCUAAGACCGGCAAGAUGUUUGCCGACAAGAUAGUCAUGUCUGGUUACAGUUUACCAGAUGCAUACAGAUGAUGAAGACUGAAGAAAACACCAAACAUCGUCCUAAAGAGUUUUUGAAUUUCGUUUUCAUGGAAAGAAUUCAGUCUUGAUUUUAUGAUUCAAACGAGAAAACUAAUUUAAAAAAAAAAAUACUAUUGAUCUCUUAGAUUUUUCUAAACAGAGAAUAAAAAGCAGGACCCUGAAAGUUUAUAACGUUGUUCCAACAGAACUAUGACCUAAAACUUUAGCUAUCCUUUUGCUGUUCAUGGAUUCUCUGACCAGCUUCACAUCGGUCCACCUCCCAGCUUUGGCAUAAAUGUUAGAUAGAAGAACGUAGAUUCCGCUACCGAGUUCUUCUGAUUCACUUACCACGGAUCUUAUCCGAUCAGCCAGAUCGAGAUUCUCAUGAAUCUCACAACCAUUCAACAAUGCACCCCAUAUAUUAGCAUUGGGUCGUACCGGCAUCGUCUUUACCAAUCUCUCUGCUUCACCAAAACAACCAGCACGGCUCAAAAUAUCAACCAUACAUCCGUAGUGUUCAACUGUUGGUUCAAUGCCGUAGAGAUCUCUCAUUUCCGCAAAGUACCUUUGUCCUUCCUCUACCAAACCUACGUGGCUACACGCAUAUAAUACCCCCAUGAAUGUGAUUCCAUCAGGUGCAGCAUCAUUACCUUCCAUUUUCAUUCUCUGGAACAUACACAAUGCUUCCUUCCCGUGCCCGUGACUGGCUAACCCGAUGAUCACAACGGUCCAAGCUAUUGUAUCUUUCUUCUCCAGAUCUUCAAACGCUUUUUUCGCGCUCUCUGCAUCACCGUUUUUAGCAUACAUAUUCACAAGUGCACAAACUACGGCAGCAUCCUUCACAAACCCAGUUUUCAAUACACAAGCGUAAACCGUUUGUCCCUGAAGUGAGCAUCCUUGGAUCAUGGAAGCUCUGAUGAUACUCAAGAAAGUUACUUUAUCAGGAGAGAUACCCGAAGCAAUCAUGUCAGAAAACAUGUGCACUGCUUCCACUGCAUCGCCGUUCUGACUAUACCCUGUGAUGAUGGAGUUCCAAGAAACCAAGUUUCUCUUAGGCAUUUCAUCGAACAGGUACCUCGCGGUUCUCAGGUCUCCGCAUUUUCCGUACAUAUCGAUGAGACUUGUAGCCAAGAUCACAUUGAAACCAACUUUUGACUGAAGAUACGGAUCAAAGCCUAGUUCUUGAAGAAGCCCAUGAAACCAUUUCCCAGCCGCAAUGUCUUUACAUCUACCGCAAGCGACCAGAAGAUCCACCAUUAUUGUCUCAUUUGGCUUCACACCAUUACUCUGCAUCUCCCUAAACGCUUGAAUCGCGUCACCAAACCGAUUGUUAUUCACAAACCCAGAAAUCAAACUUCCCCAGGCGACAACGUUCCACUUUGGGAUAUCCUCAAAAACCCUCAAACCACAAUCCACUUCUCCACAACGCAUAUACAUAUGAAGCAAGCACGUAGAAACAUACAUAUUCACUUCAAACCCGGUUUUCACAGCGAAUCCAUGAACACAACUCCCGAACUGGAUAGUUCUCAGCCCUGAACAAGCCUUGAGCACAUAAGGAAACGUGAAAUAAUCCGGCGAAUACCCUUUUCGAAGCAUUUCUUGGUAAAAGAUCAAUGCUUCGUCUGGGUUUGGACUGUUUGAGUAGCCUCUGAUCAUAGAGUUCCAUAUAUACACGCUUGGAGAAUCGAUACUUUCGAAAACUGAUCUCGCGUAGCUGAGGUUCAUAGUCUCGGGAGACGUGGUGCAGAAAUCUAUGAGACGGCUUAGAGGAAUGACGUUUCUGAUAACCGAGGAUUUGAUCAUCAAACCAUGGAGUUGAUUCAGUUCCACCAUGGAUCUGCAAUUCUCCAGUUGGGAGAGAAUUGGUUUGUAGUGCUUCUUCAUCCGUCUUCUCUCAUGUUGUGUUAUCAAGAAAUUCAAAGGCAAAUGACUCCCUUAUUCUGGAAACUUAUCAAAGUUU